AUGCAGCUGGUGUAUAAGGUAGUACUGCUUGCUCUACUCGCUUUCAUGUUGCGCUCUCCUCUUUUGCGGCUACAGCAGACUGCAACUCACUUGAUCAAGACCACAGCACCCGCUGCCUCUAGAACCUUUACCAGCACAUCGACAGUACAAAACGACACAAUGUCCGACGACAGACCAUCGGGCUUGAUCGCCAAGAAGGGCCUCGAGCUGUUGACCUUUGGCACCCCCAACGGCCACAAAGCAAGCAUCAUCCUUGAGGAGCUAAAGGAGGCGUACGGAAAGCCACACUACGUCUACCAGUCCAUCAACAUUGGUCAGAACAUCCAGAAAGAGCCUUGGUUCACAGAGAAAGGCCCAAACGGACGUAUUCCUGUCCUGAUCGACCACGACAAUGGUGGCCUUGGUAUCAUGGAAGGCCAGGCAAUCCUGUCUUAUGUGACACGACACUUUGAUCCAGACCACAAGUUCUCUUUCACCAGCGACCCGGAGCUGUCCCUAUGUGAGCAAUGGGUCGCAUGGCAACAUGGCGGGCUUGGACCAAUGCAGGGACAGGCGAACCACUUCUAUCGCCUCGCCAAGGAGCGCAUCCCGUACCCUACCCAGCGCUACGUUGGCGAGACCGAGCGUCUGUACGGCGUGCUCGAUGCACGUCUCAAGAACAACGACUACCUUGUCGGCAACACAUACUCGAUCGCCGACAUUGCAAACUUCUCCUGGGUCAACGUAGCCUACUUUGCUGGCGUCAACCUAGACGACUUCCCCAAUCUUCACAAGUGGUGGGAGAGGAUCAACGCACGUCCAGCGGUCAAGAAGGGCGUCGCAGUACCGAACGAACCAAGCAUCACGAACGAGGCCUACAAGAGGAGACUGAAGGACGAGCCGGAAUUCAAGCAAAAGGAGGAUGAGCUUAAGGAGAUUGGCAAGAAGGCGAAAGAGCAGUACAACUACAAAUACUCGUCGCCAUAG